AUGACAACGCAAAAGUGGAUCGUUAUACCGCUCUGUUAUGUAUCCAUAAGCCCUUUUAAUCAGAACAUUAAAACACAAAGACGCUUUUCAAGUACAAUGUUCUCCAGUGCCAAUGAGAGCAGUAGCAGCACGUACGAGCCGACCGUUUACACACUGCUUCUUACAGGGAUGUGUUUGCUGUUGGCGCUAUUCCUAUUGACGCGUCUACUAGCAGCGUCCAGCAUGCGCUACCUAGCGCUGUAUUUGCUAUACUGGUCGCCGACACCCAUCCAAUUUGCUAACUUUUCGUUAUUGAUCUUGUUCUAUAUCCAAGUACUUACGGGUCCAGGUUGGCGAUCCAAGUGGCGCAAUGUCUGUCUGCCGCUAUAUCUGUUGCUGACUAUGACCAUGACCACCUUCACUGUUGUUUGGGCUUUUAAUUCGUCCAACGACAUUUCAAAGGCAGCACGAGAAGGAGACGAGUACGAUCAAGAAUUUUCUCAAGUAUCUGACGUCAGUGUGCAGCUGAAAUACUCAGCAAUCUCCUUUACCCUUCUGAGUGUGCUGUUUGGCUAUUUUGGUUGGAAAAUGGCAAAUGUGGAGAGUUGGAAACGCAGGCGAUUACUGAUUUCCAAGCCACGGAGCCUGACCGUGAUCAAUUCUCUCUUGAGCAUUAUCUUCUUCACACGAGGAAUUCGGGAUUUGGCAACGUCUCAGAGCUGGUUUCUCAGCAUCUGGAACAAUUUAGACAUGAAUGGUCGCGUGACGACAGCCGACUACUUUGUAUUUUUCUGCUUUUGGGAGUUUCUACCUACAGUUUUACUGCUUUGCUUGAUCUCUUCAAAGGCUGGAGGAGUGGGAGCUCCAAAGCAUGGGUCAGCGUCGCAAAAGCUACCUGACUACGGUAUUUUUCACAUCAUUAAUACGGGCGGGGGCAAACUUCUGACCGCAAGCCCACUUGGAGAUAGUGCUUACAAUUCUUACGGAACUCAACUUGAAGACAUGGUCGGCUUUGAGCGAAAUGUCGAGCAUGAAAGCCAGAGGUGGAUACAUGGCGGUGAUCUCUUUCAGGAUCCGCUACGUUAUGACUCAGACGAUGGACUGGGGCCAUCACCAUGUCAGUUUCUGGAUGAUAACAAUAGCGACGCAAGGAACAAAUAUUACUACGAACGAGAUCCAAACUAUUCUAUGGGACUUUAA